AUGGGCUCCACUACCCAGGACACCUUUCCUCUCACUGUAAGGGAAUGGAGAGAGGCACAGGAGGCUGGGGACGGCCUUACCCGUCUCUUGUCGCUUCGUGAGUCCGAAUCCAGGUUGAACUCGAAUGCCUGGAUUGCCCUGGCCACCCAAACCCAGAUUGAGCAGCAAUGGACUUACGCCGAAUCCCUACGCAUAUCUGGUGCUUCAUUACCACUUUUCGGCGUCCCCUUUGCGGCAAAGGACAACAUUGACGUCACCAGUUUCCCUACAACCGCUGCCUGUCCCAGCUUUGCAACCGGUCCCGUGGACAAGGAUGCGACCAUCAUCGCCCGCCUCAAGGCUGCUGGUGCCAUCGUACUCGGCAAGACCAAUCUUGACCAGUUCGCUACGGGUCUUGUGGGUACGAGGUCCCCGUACGGUCCUGUAAGCAACUCCUUUGACCCCGCGAGGGUCAGUGGUGGUUCAAGUUCCGGAAGCUCCGUCGUCGUCGCAAGGGGCGUCGUACCCUUCUCUCUGGGUACGGACACCGCUGGCAGUGGUCGUGUGCCAGCCGGGUUGAACAACUUGGUGGGAUUGAAACCUACGAGAGGGGCCCUCAGCACAACCAGAGUGCUGCCGGCAUGUCGCAGUCUUGACUGCGUCUCCAUCUUCGCUCUCACAGUCGAUGACGCCGAGACGGUCUUGGCCGCAGCGGAGGGUUUCGAUCCGGAAGACUCCUUCUCGAGGGCUCGCCCGGACACCCCUAGUACAGUUCAGGGCCAUCGCAUGGCAGUUUGUGAUGACCCACCAUGGUUCGGCAAGACAGAGCAAGCCGCAGCCUAUGCGCAGGCUUUAGGGAAGGCUGAGAGCCUUGGGUGGACCCUCGAGCCAAUGGAUUUUUCUCCUCUGUUCAAGCUCGCCAGCCUGCUGUAUGAGGGGCCUUGGGUGGCUGAGCGUUAUGCCGCUAUCAAGGACUUCAUCGAGGCAUACCAAGACCAGAUGGAUCCGACUGUGCGGGAGAUCAUCCUGAGAGCCAAGGAGUUCAACGCAGCAGAUCUCUUCGCGUCAGAAUAUCUUCGUCAAGACCUAACUCGUGAGAUCGAAAACAAGUUCGGCGAGUUUGAUGCCAUCCUCGUGCCCACUACCCCUACCUUUCCUACCAUCGAGGAUCUCGUACGGGAACCAAUCAAGGAGAAUGCCUACCUAGGCACCUACACCAACUUCGUCAAUUUUAUGGACUGGACUGCCCUGGCGAUUCCUGCUGGUUUCAGGUCGGAUGGACUGCCCUUCGGGAUUACGUUGAUCUCAUCGGCAUGGGAUGAACCGAAGCUUCUCUCCAUGGCCCGAGAGUGGCUCUCCACUGAGACACGGCCAUUAGGUGCAACCAAGAUCGAAAGACUUGAAGCCCGAAACUUUGACGCUAUCGCCGCGGGCGAGCCAAAGACGACUCGUCUUGUGGUGGUAGGUGCUCAUCUGACGGGGUUCCCUUUGAAUAAAGACCUGACGUCUCGUGGAGGAACACUAGAGAUAGCUACGACGACCUCCCCAAGCUACAAAUUAUAUUCUCUCAAUACCGGCGGUACAGUAAAGAAGCCGGGUUUGCAGCGUGUCCUAAGCGGUGGAAGUGCCAUUCAGGUCGAAGUUUGGAACCUGCCUACAACGGAGCUAGGCAGCUUUUUGAAGACGAUUCCCUCGCCUCUCGGCAUUGGCACCGUUGAGCUUGCAGACAGAAGCUGGGCUCUUGGGUUCAUCUGCGAGCCCUACGGACUGGAAGGUGCCACCGACAUCACGUCAUUCGGCGGCUGGCGUACCUUUGUCAAAUCCAUUGCCCCUUCUGCCCCUUCCGUCGAGACGACUAUGACAGGCAGCGGCAUCAAGUCGGUUCUCAUUGCCAACCGUGGAGAGAUUGCCGUUCGCAUCAUCAGGACCUUGCAUUCAAUGGGACUUAAAGCCAUCACUAUUCAUUCUGCUGCCGAUGCUCGCUCACCACAUGUCCGCAACGCUGACGUCUCGCUUCCCCUCAAAGGCACGUCCGUCUCGGAAACUUACCUCAAUGGUGCGCAGAUCAUCGCUCUCGCGAAGAGUGCUGGUGCAGAUGCCGUCAUUCCGGGUUACGGUUUCUUGGCCGAAAAUGCCGACUUUGCCUCUGCUGUAGAGGCAGAGGGCAUGAUCUGGGUCGGCCCGACUGCAGACCAGAUGAGGCAGCUGGGGCUGAAGCACCUUGCUCGCGAUGUAGCUAUUGGAGCCGGGGUACCUGUCGUACCAGGCAGUAAGCACCUACUCAAAAGCGCGGAGGAGGCCCUCACCGAGGCGGAGCGCAUUCGGUAUCCUGUGAUGCUGAAAAGCACUGCUGGCGGCGGCGGGAUUGGUCUAAAGCGCUGCGAUGAUGCCGCGUUACUCGUCGAGGCCUUCAAGAGUGUCCAGAGACUGGCACAGGCAAACUUUGGCGAUUCUGGUGUCUUUGUGGAGCAUUUCAUCGAGCACGCCCGUCACAUCGAGGUACAAAUCAUUGGCGACGGAUGUGGCAAUGUCACGUCCGCGGGCGAGCGGGAUUGCUCGUUGCAAAGACGAAACCAAAAGGUUAUUGAAGAGAGUCCUGCCACGUUCGUACCAUUAGAUGUUCGAAAGAGAAUGCGCCAGGCCGCCGUCGAGCUUGCCUCUGCUGUCAAAUACCGUAACGUCGGCACUAUUGAGUUCAUCUACGACAUCGACACCUUGGAGUUCUACUUCCUCGAGGUCAACACUCGACUGCAAGUUGAGCACCCAGUCACGGAGUCUGUGACUGGUCUGGACUUGGUUGAGUGCAUGAUCCGCGUGGCGUCUGGCAACAGCAAGGAUAUUUUUGUCGACAAGCCGGGAGGCUUUGAGGUGAGCGGCAGCUCCAUUGAGGUGCGCGUUUACGCCGAAAGUCCGCUUCAGGACUUCCGCCCCGCCCCUGGCCGUCUUUUGGAUGUCUCUUUUCCAGAAGGUGUGCGUGUUGAUACUUGGGUUGCGGCCGGUAUGGACAUGUCGUCUUCCUACGAUCCGCUUGUGGCCAAGAUCAUUGCCACUGGUGAGGAUCGAGAGGCAGCGAUGGCGAAGCUGGCAGAUGCCUUGGACAAGACGGUGAUUACGGGCGUUGAGACAAACUUAGACUACGCCCGCCGAAUUAUCGCAUCGGAGAUGUUCAGAUCCGGUGCCUUUACCACGACAUCGCUCAACAGCUUUACGUUUGAUGCGCCUAUAGUUGAAGUCGUUGACCCAGGCACUCUCACUGCUGUUCAAGACUAUCCAGGCCGCAAGGGGCUAUGGCACGUUGGCGUCCCGCCAUCUGGACCCUUCGAUGACUACUCUUUCAGGCUCGCCAACAAAUUAGUCGGCAACGACUCGCGCGCCGCCGGUCUUGAGUGCACCAUCCACGGACCCAGCCUUCUCUUCCACUGCGAUGCUAUUGUAGCUGUCACGGGUGCUGCCGCCGAAGUCAAGCUUGACGAUACUGUCGCCCAGCUGAACACGUCCAUCACUGUCCGGAAAGGACAAACAAUCUCAAUCGGUACCGCAACAUCCGGAUAUCGUAGCUACAUCGCCAUCCGUGGUGGCAUUGCUGUCCCCGAGAUCUUCAACUCACGCUCCACCUUUGCACUGGGUAAAGUCGGCGGCCACAACGGACGAAACCUGCGAUCCGGUGAUCUCAUACCAGUAGGAAGCAUGAUCUCUGCUGCUCCUUCAGUUGCUUCUGGGCCUGCCAUUCCCCUCCCAACCGAUCCGGCCAAUGCCCACUGGUCUAUCGGUGUCGUUCCUGGACAACACACUGCACCUGAGCACUUCACCGAGCAAGGCCUUAACACACUCUUCGCUGGCGAAUGGAUCGUUCACUACAACAGUAACCGCAUCGGCAUCCGUCUAGACGGCCCCAAACCACAGUGGGCCCGGCAAACCGGCGGGGAAGCAGGUUUGCACCCGUCCAACAUCCAUGACAGCCCGUACUCCGUCGGUAGCGUCAGCUUCACUGGCGAUGAAGCCGUCAUCCUUACCUGCGACGGACCCAGUCUCGGCGGGUUUGUCGUCUUCUGCGUUGUAGCCUCAGCCGAGAUGUGGAAACUCGGCCAAUUCCGCCCAGGUGACAAGGUGAAGCUCCAGCCCAUCACCGUCGACGAUGCGCUCUUUCUUGAAUCCGCCCUCGAAAAGUCCAUCGCUGAGCUCACGCCCUUGGCGGUGGACGUGGCCCCCCUCGCCAAUAGCCCCACCACACCAGACUUGAACCCCUUCCUUGGCGACAUCGGCAGCGCAGGCCGCCGCAUCGCCGUCCACCAAGCCGGUGACAACGCCAUGCUCCUUGAGUUCGGGACCGAAGAUGUCUUCUCUCUUCGUCAGAGCUUCCAGAUCUUCUCCUUUAUCGCCCGCCACAAAACACACCCCAUCCCGAACGUCCUCGAGCUCUCCCCUGGCGUCCGCACCCUACAUGUGCAAUAUACACCCAAAACCCUGCCCACGACGAUCCUUGCCGCCCUCCGUGCGCAUGAGGUCUCGCUCGGCGAUACGGUUCCCUCCUCUAUCCCCUCCCGCACAUUCCACCUCCCCCUUGCCUUCGACGACUCCGUCUCCCGUGCCGCCGUGGCCCGCUACGUGGCUACCAUUCGCGCAACGGCCCCUUGGCUCCCGAACGUCGAGCGCAUCUUCCUCGACGCGACCUUCCUCGUACUAGGCCUUGGCGAUGUCUUCCUUGGCUCCCCCUGCGCUGUGCCCCUGGACCCGCGGCACCGCCUCUUCGGGACAAAGUACAACCCGUCGCGAUCCUUCACGCCGCGCGGCGCGGUCGGCAUCGGCGGGCAGUACAUGUGCAUCUACGGCAUGGACUCGCCAGGCGGGUACCAGCUUGUAGGGCGCACGCUGCCCAUCUGGGACGACGUAACCGCCUCGGCCGUUGCCUCGCGGGGUGAUUCCAAGCCUUGGCUGUUCCGCCUCUUUGAUAGGAUAUCCUUCUACCCCGUCUCUGAAACCGACCUUGAUGCCGCCGUGACCCAAGAUCGGAUGACGGACCUCAUCAAGAUCGAAGAAGGCGGCCUCGACCUCGAGGAAUACGAAUCUUGGCUGGAGGCUAAUAAAGCGGACAUCGAGGCCACCCGCAGCCUCCGUGCGGAGGCGAUUCGUAGCGUACCCUUUAUGGAGGAGCUGCUCCAGCCGUACAACCCGCCCGAGACCGAGAGGCGCGGCGUCUUCGGAGAAGAAGGUGAGGAUAACGUGCCGGGCGAGAGAGUCAAGGCGCAGAUGCCGGGCCGGUGCUGGAAGUGCGAGGUCAAGGCCGGAGAUGAGGUCGAAGUCGGCGACGCGCUGGUGUGGAUUGAGUCGAACAAGAUGGAGAUCAAGAUUGGGAGUCCCGUCAAGGGAAGGGUUGCUAAGAUGCUGGUUGUGGAGGGGGAUAUCGUUGGGCCGUAUGAUGACUUGCUCAUUGUUGAGACGCAAUGA